UUCCAUUCGUACCCUACGUUGAGAAAGGAGUGGAGGAUUCACCAGAUUCCACUCGGUGGGACAAGGAGAUGUUCAUCUCUACGGACGUGAUCCAAAGUUGGCUGCAAACUUGCCUUCAAUUACACGGUGACCGAUGCGGCAAUGGCUUGCGGUCAGAUACGCGGGGCUGGAAUGGUCCGCUCUGGCUGAUCGAUGUGGAAGACGGGUGCCUUGUUGCAGCAUUCCCAAGAGCCAAGUACGUUGCACUCAGCUACGUAUGGGGAUGUGGGAGCAUAUCUGCUUCUACGACGAAUGAAAACUUUGUUAAGUUACAAGAGCGGGGCGGGCUUUACGAUCCUAGUACUGUUACACUCCCACGCACAAUCAGAGACGCCAUCGAGCUUGUUCGCAGUGUUGGGGAAAGAUACGUAUGGAUUGACAGAUUCUGCAUCGUCCAAGACGAAGGCCCAGCAAACCAAAGCCAACUGAACGCCAUGGGAAAUAUUUAUGCGGGGGCUUAUUUCACUCUUGUCGCUGCCCAAGGUGAAGAUCCCACGGAUGGACUAUAUGGCAAGAGACCCAUCAAUUUGUCGAGCACUUCCCGACCUAUGUCGAACACACCACCCGGAGAUAGUAGCAAAGAGAUAUUGCUGGAUCAGGCGAUGCACCUCAUGCGCACCAAAUGGUACUCUAGGAGCUGGACCUUCCAGGAAUAUCUGUUUUCCAAACGCAGAGUCGUAUUUCAUAACGAUACGGUUAAUUGGGAAUGCUUCUGCGCGGCCUACCACGAGUCCCAGGACGUGUCCACCACCACCCCAUUAACUGCGCAAUUCCUGGCCCAAAUCCCGAAGGCACCUCUGAUCAGAGACAUUCCCAGCACGGGAUUCGAAUGCUCGUCCUGGCCAGAUAUGUUCAGAUAUGCGCGGCUUGUCUCAAUGUUCAAUCGGCGCAAUUUGUCAUAUCCCGAAGACGUACUGGAUGCAUUCGCCGGUCUCCUAUCACACCUGAGCCGCAUCUACCCCGGCGGUUUUAUUUCCGGUCUCCCACAAAUGUGCUUUGAUGCUGCUCUUCUCUGGCAGCCUUGGAUAUAUAUGUGCCGUCGGAAAAGCGUCAAAUUGUCUGAUUCCGAAGCAGUGCUUCCAUCAUGGUCGUGGGCUGCCUGGGCUGGAGAUUUGAACUCAGAAAGCUGGCGGUCUGCGGCCAAUUAUCUCCUGGAAGCGGAUGACGAAGAUAACCCUCACCAGCAAUGUUCCUGGAAGACGAUCAGUACAGUCAAAUGGUUCUACUCUCUGGACCGGACAUCCGCUCGGAAAGAAGUCCAGAUCCGCUCCGAGUUUGCGCGUCCAAUCUUCGGUAACACAUUGGCUCCUUUACCUUCAGGUUGGUCUGCGGUGGCGAACCCCAAUGGUCCGGACCGGGUUUUGUUCCAUCACCACUGCGACCCCUCUCACCCCUUCCGCUAUCCUAUCCCCAUUCGCAACCAAUACCUCGCGCAUAUACCUCCAAUCAGCGCCCGCUUUCUACAUUGCACGACCCGCCAUGCUCUCCUCAAGGCGGGUCCAACAUACCAAACUCUUGCUUCAAGCUGUCCGGCAAUAGAACUCCUUAGUGAGGAGGAACGAUGGGUGGGAGUCCUUCGACUGAAUUGUAUCCCUUCAGAUUUUGAAGAUCUCAUAGAAGCUAUAAGAACAGAGCACGGAGGACGUCUUGAACUCAUUGAGAUUUCUGCCGGCGCAGUUGAGAAUCAGCCGAUUGAGGAGAAGAGCUUCGAUGAGUGGAACCGGGAAGGGUGCCCGAGACACAAGGGGCUGUAUGAGUUUAUCAAUGUCCUCUGGAUCGAGUGGGUAGAUGGGAUAGCCUAUCGAAAGGCUUUGGGAAGGGUCGAGAAGGGGGUAUGGGGAGAGGUUGCUAUAGAGAAACUUGACAUCACCCUUGGUUGAGAGUGUGAAUCAGGAUAUCCAAGCAUGCUGCGCCGAAUGAACUGAUAAGAAAAACUUUUGGUGU